AUGAAGACCACUCUCCUCGUUGCCAGCUUGAUUGCUGGUGCUGUCGCCCUCCCCUCGGAGACGCACACCGUGCACCAGCGUCGCAACCUGGUCCUGGAUCCUCGCUUUGAGAGACGCUCGGCUGUUGACGCCGGCUCCAAGAUCCCAUUCGAGAUUGCUCUGAGGCAGGGCAACCUCCAGGAGGCAGAGGACAAGCUCUACGACAUCGCCGACCCUACGUCGCCCAACUAUGGCAAGCACCUGUCCAAGGAAGAGGUCGUCAAGAUGUUCGCCGCCGACGACAAGGACAUCGACAGCGUCAAGAAGUGGCUGGUUAGCCAGGGCAUUCCCGAGAAAGACAUCCACGUCAACCCCACCAAGACCUGGAUCACCGUCGACACCACUGCUGGUGUCGUGGAACGGGCCCUGAAGACGAGAUACCACAUCUACCGCAGCAAUGCCUCUGGCCAGGACCACAUUGGCUCUGAGGAGUACAGCCUGCCCAACCACCUCGUGGACAUUGUCGACUUUGUCCGUCCUGGUCCUGCCAUGACCAAGGUCACGGUCCGCGCGACCGGGCCUGCCAAAGGCGAUCAGGCUAUCGGCGAGCCGGUCCGCAAGCUGAGCAGCGACCAGGUCAAGAGUGUCCAGGAUGCCAUCAAGGACGGCCCCGGCGCUGGUGGCAAUGCUCACGAUGCCGCCAACUCGACCCUGCCGGCCUACCUGCAAAUCUGCGGAAAGGUUGUCACUCCUGACUGCAUCGCCUACCUCUACAAGAUCCCCAAGGCCGUCGGCACCAACAGCACCAACCGGCUCGGAAUCUACGAGUCCCUCGGCGACGUCUACAGCCAGGAGGACCUCGACCUCUUUUACAAGACGGCGGCGCCGUACAUCCCUGCCGGCACCGGCCCGACACUGGACCUCAUCAACGGCGCCACGGCCCCCAACAGCCCCAGCCAAGCCGGCGGCGAGUCCCUCCUGGACUUUGACAUGGCCUACCCCAUCAUCUACCCCCAGGGCACCACCCUCUUCCAGGUGGCGACUGACCAAUACUACAACAUCUUUGGCGACUGGCUCAGCGCCAUCGACAAGGACUACUGCUCGCAGGACCCCUACUGGAACAACCACAAGAUGUGCGGCACCUUUGAGCCCACCAACGUCGUCUCCAUCUCCUACGGUGGCCCGGAAGACCCGACUGAUCCCAAGGGCGCUCACCGCCAAUGCAACGAGUUCAUGAAGCUCGGCCUCAUGGGCAUCACCACCGUCGUUGCCAGCGGCGACGCCGGUGUCACCGACCGUAACGGCUACUGCCUGGGCCCUCACCACGACAUCUUCGUCGCCGACGACCUCUGCAGCUGCCCGUACAUCACCGCCGUCGGCUCGACCCUGAUCCACUCCAUCGACCAGCCCGAGACGGCCACCGAGUCCUUCUCCUCGGGCGGCGGCUUCAGCAACAUCUUCACGCGCCCUAAGUGGCAGGACGACGUCGUCGGCAACUACCUGCUCCGCCACAACCCCGGCUACUUCGCCUACAACACCUCCGAGGGCAACAUCCCCACGGGCCCGGACGACCGCGGCAUCUACAACCGGGGCGGGCGCGGCUUCCCGGACGUCUCGGCGGUGGGCGACAACGGGCUGGUGGCGGUGGGCGGCGACCUGGGGUUGUCGGGCGGCACGUCCAUGUCGGCGCCGAUCGUGGCGGCCAUCCUGAACCGUAUCAAUGAGAAGCGGCUGAGCCUGGGCAAGGGCCCGAUCGGGUUCGCGAACCCGGCUCUGUACGCGAUGACGAAGCUCCGGGGCACGUGGUUCAACGACGUGACGGUGGGCGACCAGUCACUGGGUGGUGUGGCGAGCGAUCGCGGGUACAGCGCGUGCGGCAACAAGGGCUUCUCGGCCGUGGAGGGCUGGGACCCGGUGACGGGUCUGGGCACGCCCAUCUACAACCAGUGGGAGGCAUACUUCCUGGAGAUUUAG